AUUUUGGUGACGUUUGCAAACCAAUGAACGAGUGAAAUAGCUGCGUGACGUACGAGUCCCCGUAGAAAAGGCGCGGAGGGUAGCUAUAGGUACGGAGAAGGUGGGAAGCGAAACGAGGCUGUGAGGCCGGUGCGGAGAGUCUUGAUAAGAGAUUUGUACUCAUCGAACCAAUAGUCAACUCCUCCUCCUAAAUUGCACACACACACAUAGAGCUCAGUGAUCGCUUUGCCGAAGAGCUGGAUACCUGUAAGAAAACAACGUCUGUUUUGUAAUAACCAGUGCUGGACACAAACAAUUGUGCGUUUUUACGCAUUCCUUCCUUGCGUUUGUUAUUCUGUUAUAUUCGAUCGAUAUUCGUCGGUUUUGAAACGUUUUGCGCCAGCAUCCACAAGCAGUAUUGAAAUUCGCUGUUGUGAACUCAAGAGUGGAGGCCAGGAUACUCACCACUACAAUUCUGCCGUGUUUUUAGUUGUUUUUUCUUUCUGUAUUGUCUCUUGGAAUAAUUUUUACCUUGUCCAUUUUGGUCGUAAUGCAAACUGAACGUUUGCAGUAGUCCUUGAUCACUUUAAUCCGAUGAUAGACUGAAAUUGGUGCAUUUUGUGCAUCUUGAAAUCUGCAAGUUGAGCGCUGUUACUGGAUCCAGAAUUUACAUUGUGGUUUGCUGUUUUGGCCUGCAGAUCUGAGGGAGACGCUUGCAAGUGUAGCCUUCCUGUCUCCACGAUGCUCUUCCACGGGCUCCCGGGAGGCGAGAUGCAGGGGGUCAUCGAUGAGAUGGACCGGAGGGUGAAGGGCGAAUCUACCGCCAUCAGUUCGGCUAUAGACAUGGGGGAAACUGAGACGAGUAUGACGUCCAUCAACAGCGACCGUGUGGCCUUGUGCGCGGGAUGCGGGGGAAAGAUAUCUGACCGCUACUACUUGCUCGCGGUGGACAAACAGUGGCACAUGCGCUGUCUCAAGUGCUGCGAGUGCAAACUAAACCUCGAGUCCGAGCUUACCUGUUUCAGUAAAGACGGCAGCAUCUAUUGCAAAGAAGAUUACUACAGCAGGAGGUUUUCCGUCCAGAGGUGCGCCCGGUGCCAUCUCGGGAUCUCGGCGUCGGAGAUGGUCAUGCGGGCUAGGGAUUUGGUCUACCACUUGAACUGUUUCACCUGUACUAGCUGCAAUAAAAUGCUCACGACCGGAGAUCACUUCGGAAUGCGGGACAGUCUUGUGUACUGCCGGCUCCACUUUGAGACACUCAUACAAGGGGAAUAUCAAGCGCAUUUCAAUCACGCGGGGGAUGUAGCCUCGGGCAAAGGACUUGGCGAGAGCGGCACGGGCAACUCGCUGGGGAUGCAGUAUUACAACGGCGUCGGUACGGGGCAGAAAGGAAGGCCGAGGAAAAGGAAAAGUCCCGGGCCUGGAGCAGAUCUGGCUGCUUACAACGCAGCGUUAAGUUGUAACGAGAAUGAUGGAGACCACCUGGACCGAGACUCCCACUACUCCUCCAGCUCCAAGUCCAAGCGUAUGCGCACCUCCUUCAAACACCACCAACUGAGGACCAUGAAGUCCUACUUUGCCAUCAACCACAAUCCGGACGCCAAGGACCUGAAACAGUUGGCCCAGAAGACAGGUCUCACCAAACGGGUGCUGCAGGUUUGGUUCCAAAACGCCAGGGCCAAGUUUAGACGGAACCUACUACGUCAGGAGAGCACAGGGAUGGACAAGGUGUCGGACGGGUCCACUAUACCAGGGGGGUCGCCUUCGGGCCCCCACUCUGAGCUCUCCAACGCCUCAAUGAGUCCUUCCAGCACCCACACCACCCUCACUGACCUGACAAGCCCCUCUAUUCCGUCGGUUAACCCUCUACUGACCGCCGUGCCAGGGGGCAUGGACCCCCACGACUCCAUGAGUAUGAGUCCUUCCCAGACCACUCUUACCAGCCUCUUCUGAUGUCACGAACCCCACCCCAUCACAGACCACCCUUACCAGCCUCUUCUGAUGUCACCAACACCACCCCAUCCCAUCGCAGAUCACCCUUACCAGCCUCUUCUGAUGUCACAAACCCCACCCCAUCCCAGACCAAACUUACCAGCCUCUUCUGAUAUUACCUACCCCAUCCCAGACCACACUUACCAACCUCUUCACUGAUCCCACACCACCCCACCCCUCCCUAAACCCAUCCAACACCACACCAGGUCACUCAAAGACGAAGAGACUGAAGAGAGAGACACUUAAAUACAUGAUAUUCCCCGUGGACCUUAGAUUACUGCCCCGUCUAUUUCUGGUCUUUGUAUGAGUAGCAACUAAAGCCUUACAGAGCGGUCGGCUUGAUUUCAUCAAGAGCUGAAGAUACUUUUUCUGUUUUCAUCUUUGUUUCCUUUCCACGUUGGCUGACUGACACUACCCUCUCCCGAGAUGUAGAUUGUCACUCCACCACCCGACCACUCUGUUUCUAGGUAGAGAUAAAAAAUAAAAAUAAAUAAAAAAAGACAAUGGAAAAGGACUGUGAAACUGAAAAUGUAUUUGGAAAAAACAUUGGAGAGUGUAAAAUGCAGAUACAAAGUACUGUAGCAAGGUUAUCCGGAAGACUCUAGCGUGCCUUAUAUAUUUUAUCACACUAAGGAUGGGUGACCCACUGACAAACCGCUGUUGCUUACAACAUGGCAAUGAAAGCAAUUCUACUUUACAAUUCACUCUGCACACAGUGAGGACUGAUCGAUGAAAUAGAAAUAGCAUUGAUGAGAAUUAGAAUUACAUUGAUAAAGUUAAUAUAAAGAUAUCAUGGUCAUUAUCUUUUAGACUCAGUCAUUGCUUGCAGUACACACCAGUAAUAGUUGGUUACAACUUCGAUAUUUUGUAACAAUAAACUGUCGUAUGCGGAAAUGAGAUAUAAUGUAUAUUGAUAUCUGACUCAUUGUUUGAUGGAAUUGCAAUGAUACUAUUUACAGUCACCAUUUGAAUACAACAUAUCUAACUAUUUUCCAGCAUCACACUGUUUGGAUUAUGAAUUGAUAGCUGUAACACAUGGAUGAAGUUUUCAUAUUGGGGAUAUUAUCUUUCUAUUUGAAUAUUGGCUCAUUCGUCACUACAUAAGAGUUUAUAUCAGUUUAUAUCAGUAUAGUGUACCAGAUACACUUCUACAGUAUGUUGUACCAAAUGCACUUCUACACCUCAAAGAGGGGAGUCAUGCACACUCACAAGCGCGCACACACACACACACACACACACACACACACACACACACACACACACACACACACACACACACACACACACACACACACCGUACUUACCUCAGUCUGAAGGUCUUUCUAUGUUCUUACUGUUGAAACCCAGCACUCUGAUUCUGAUUCUCAAAGUCCCCACAAUGUAGGAUUAUAACAUAUAAGAAAUGUGCUUAGAACUGAGAUGCUUUAUGGGUACAUCCAACAAUGGCACCCCUAAUCUAAAAAAAAUCUUAAAGACCACUUCUAAAUACUUAUUUGGAAUUGUCCGCACAAAACAUGGUUGAUUGAAAUUGUCCCCACAAAAUUGUUCCUUGUAGGGACCUGUCUGAAUAUUGAUUGGUGUUGAUACAGAGAAACUAAUCAGGGAUUUGUGUAGUUGGCAAAUAAACCAACUUUACCUGGGUCGUGUUCAUUUGGACACACAGUAGCAAAAUGUUUUGUAAUGGAAAACGGAAAUGAGCUUUUCUUAUUGGACAAAUUCACGUAGUACCUCCUCGUUUUGGACUGUUGUUUUCCUGUUUGGUGCCUACUAGAAGCUGGUAGGACUAGGAGUGUUUCUGAUAUGGAGAAUCAAGCUGCCUUCCUUUUGACUGUGACUACCUUUACUUAUGGAUGAGGAUGGUGCUCUUACCUUAUCUUUAUCCUUGUAUGCAUGGAGAGCUGCUGUUGGGAUUCAACAUCCCUUUAACUACACAGUCUUUAGUUUGUUUGUUUGUCCUUCCAUUCUUGUACAGUUGCCCCCUUUUGAUGUACUUAAGCCUUCAGUUCUUUCAAAACAUAAAAUGGUGGACAAAA